UCAUCAUUUAGCGCAUUGUUUACAUUUUUAAACGUCGGAUUCAUUAAUGAUAUUAACUUGCUUUGGAAAUGCAAUUUCUACGAUGUUAUUCUACCAAAUUUAAAGAUAUCUAUCCGCACAGUGCAGUAAGAAUUUUUCGGCGAAAAGACGCGUUGGUUAAUACUAAGACUAAAGGCAAUGUGAAGGCCCUUGCCUCCAUCGACCAACAUGCCAGUGAAAUAAUGCAAAUGGAAGAACCAACUAAUUCAGAUGAAAAACACGAUUUUGCUGAGAAUAUUGUCAAAGUGCAAAUGCUCUCUCGAAGUUUACAUAGUCAAAUAUUUACCACAACCACAAACGCAGACAGUGAGGAAGCAGUGAAUUAUUUAGCCGAUUUAAAAAAGCAUGGCAUUGACGUAAAUAGCACAGAUCAUUUACCAGAUGUAAAACUAAAGCUACCCAAACUUCAUGGCAAAAAUAUUGAAGAACACUUUUACAAUAUAGCUAAAGAGCAAGUAGAUCCUUACGAGAAAUUACUUAAUUCAUUAGUUUCGUGUAAGAAAUUACCAAAACGUCCACAAAAAUGGAAUUUCAAGAGUGGUUGGACCAUUUAUAAUUCGGUAACCGGAGAGGGGAAGACAAUUAGUGUUCCACUUGAAGAUGCAUUGAUAUUUGAUGUAGAAGUUUGUGUAUCUGAGGGUGCAGCGCCCACAUUAGCUACUGCCGUAAGUGUACAUAAUUGGUACUCUUGGGUAAGUCCUCAACUCGUGAACGAAGAUACACGGAUUAAAUCAAAUGAUCAUUCAGUGUCUUCAAAGCGCUACCAUUUAAAUGAUCUUAUUUCCUUGGGUACGAAAGGACCAAAAAUAAUAGUUGGUCAUAAUGUUUCGUACGAUAGAGCUAGAUUGCGUGAACAGUAUCUCAUAGAAGAUACGGGCGUACGUUUUGUGGAUACAAUGUCAUUGCAUAUAAGCGUAAGUGGUAUAACCUCUUAUCAGCGAGCACUUUUGAAAUCGCGUAAAGAAACCGAUCCUGAAAACGAGGAAUGGCAAGCACAUAGUUCACUCAACAGUUUAGUUGAUGUCCAUCGUUUGUACUGCGGCGGAGAGUCGCUAUCAAAGGAGCCACGAAACAUAUUUUUAGAAGGAUCACUAUCGGAUGUCAAGGAAAACUUUCAAAUGUUAAUGAGUUACUGUGCUGGUGACGUUGAAGCUACUUUCAAUGUAUUCGAAAAACUGUAUCCCAUAUUUUUAGAGAGAUUCCCUCAUCCGGCUACAUUAGCCGGUAUGUUGGAAUUAGGUUCCGCAUAUUUACCUGUUAAUUCUAAUUGGAAGCGGUACAUAAAAGAGUCAGAUUUAGCAUAUGAAGAUUUAAGCAUCGAAGCCAAGAACCACCUUACGCGUCGGGCUGACAAUGCUUGUAGGCUAAUGAAAAAUGAGGCAUAUCGUGAGCAUCUCUGGCUGUGGGACGAAGACUGGAGUGUGCAAGAAAUAAAAUUAAAGAAGACGAAACCCUUAAAGAAGGCCUCACCGAAUUUAUUAAAAGCAGAACAAAGUAGUUUCUCGAAAGAAGAGCAUCAAUUACAAAGAAAAUUUCAAUAUUUGUACGAUAUGAAGUCGCUUUUGCCGGCUCGACGUCCAUUGUUACCGGGUUACCCUGCGUGGUAUCGAAAAUUGUGCAAAAAACGUCCGAGGGAUAACACGACGAAUAAUACUGAUUGGUCACCGGGUGCAACCGAAGUAGGGACCGGCAUGCAAAUAGCUCCAAAAUUACUUUCCUUGUGUUGGGAGGGAUAUCCAUUACACUAUAUAAGAGAACAUGGUUGGGGAUUUCUUGUACCAUUUCGCACAGAAACAUAUCCACCUGUAGAUACGGAUGCUGGUUCGAAUCUAUAUCGUAUACCAAUUAAAAAACUUACAGAACGCUGUCCAGUACCAAAAUCUCUGGCGUUGGCUACUUUAGAAAUGCAAGACUUUGGUUACGACAUGGGCGUGCUCGAUCAGGAGCUUCACAGUAAAUUGGGAAAAAAGGAAUUUUAUAAAAAACAACCAAAGGACCACACAAAUGGCGUUUAUAAGGGAGCAGGUGUGUGGUGUAAACAAAUUUUAGAAGGCUGUUGUUUUUUCCUAAAACUACCACAUAAAAAUGGUAAUUCCUUUCGUGUGGGCAAUCCUUUGUCGAAGGAUUUUCUAAACAAAUUCUCUGAAAAUGUCUUAAGUAGUGGAGAUGCCGUGGAAGGUUCGGCGAAACGCGUUAUUGAUAUUGCUCGGAUGAUGUCCUAUUGGCGAAACAAUCGAGAUCGUAUAAUAGGCCAAAUGGUGGUUUGGUUAAGUAGAGACGAAUUGCCGAAUAGUUUGAAAAAUGACAAAAAGAUUGACUCUGUAACGGAAUACGGUGCCAUUUGUCCACAAGUUGUUGCUUGCGGUACGUUGACACGCAGAGCAAUGGAACCAACUUGGAUGACAGCAUCAAAUUCACAGCGCGAACGUAUCGGUUCUGAAUUACGUUCAAUGGUCCAAGCACCACCAGGAUAUCGGAUAGUUGGCGCCGAUGUUGACUCGCAGGAAUUAUGGAUUGCUUCAGUACUUGGCGAUGCCUACGCUUGUGGCAUUCAUGGUGCAACGCCUUUAGGAUGGAUGACAAUCAGUGGGUCAAAGUCAAAUGGUACUGAUAUGCAUUCUAUAACCGCAAAAGCUGUGGGUAUAUCGAGAGAUCAUGCCAAAGUUAUCAAUUACGCACGUAUUUAUGGAGCGGGCCAAAAUUUCGCCGAAGGUCUACUAAAGCAAUUCAAUCCAACCUUAUCAGAUACAGAAGCACGAGUUAAGGCGCAAAAAAUGUUUGCCAUUACUAAAGGUAAACGAGUUUAUAAUUUGCGCGACGAAUUCGUGGAUAAUUAUGAAGACAGAAGUUACUCUGGUUACGAAGCACUGAAGCUGGCUGCAUCCUGCAACCGCGCGGUGAAAGAAAUGUUUCAGCACCCUAAAUGGGUAGGUGGUACUGAAAGUGCGAUGUUUAACAGAUUAGAAGAAAUUGCCUCAAGUAAUUGUCCCAAAACGCCAUUUUUGAAUUGUCGGCUAAGUCGAGCACUGGAAGUAAAUAGUGGCGAUGAGAAUCGCUUUCUGCCAACACGUAUAAAUUGGGUGGUACAAAGUGGUGCUGUCGAUUUUCUACAUCUUAUGUUAGUUUGUAUGCGUUGGCUUAUGGGAACACAAAUGCGCUUCAGUUUAAGCUUUCACGAUGAAGUGCGUUACUUGGUGAAGGAGGAUCUAGCCUAUAAAACAGCCCUGGCUCUACAUAUAACAAAUCUGUUGACGCGGUCCUUUUGUUCAUCACGUAUUGGACUUUCUGAUUUACCAAUGUCUGUAGCAUUCUUUUCAUCCGUCGAAGUGGAUACUGUUCUGAGGAAGGACAGUACUAUGGAUUGUAAAACCCCUUCCAAUCCUCAUGGUCUGCAUAUUGGUUAUGGGAUUCCACCUGGUGAAAGCUUAACAAUAUAUGAUGCUAUAGCAAAAGCAGGAGGCGGUGAUUUAAGUCAAUGGACUUGGAUAAAAUAGCAUUUUUAUGUAAUUUUCCCUUUCAGAAAUCUUAAUUAUUUUCUCUUUUAGU